AUGAUUACGCUUGAUAUCACAACCCUCUUCACUCUUGCUCUCACUCUCUGUAACCCCUCCCUCUUUACUCUUGCUCUCACUCUCUGUAACCCCUCCCUCUUUACUUUUGCUCUCACUCUCUGUAACCCUUCCCUUACUCUUGCUCUCAGUCUCUGUAACCCUUCCUCUUUACUCUUGCUCUCCUCUCUUCAACCCUUCCUCUUCCUCUUGCUCUCCUCUCUUCUCUGUAACCCUUCCCUUUUUACUUUGCUCUCACUCUCUGUAACCCUUCCCUCUUUACUCUUGCUCUCACUCUCUGUACCCUCCUCUUUACUCUUGCUCUUACUCUCUGUAACCCUCCUCUUUACUCUUGCUCUCCUCUCUGUAACCCCUCCCCUCUUUUACUUUGCUCUCACUCUCUGUAACCCCUCCCUCUUUACUUUUGCUCUCCUCUCUGUAACCAUUCCCUCUUUCUUUUGCUCUCACUCUCUGUAA